AUGCCAUUCUAUGAUCCUGACACGAAAUUAGUCUUUCUUAUUGGUAAAGGAACCAAUAAACUGUUUAUCGCGGAGUUUCAAUCUAAGGUACCGCAUCUUUCUCCAGUAUAUGAAAUGUCCCUCGCCGAGCAAAAUCUUGGUGCAUGUCUGGGUAGUAAACGGAAGGUGACGGUUAUGGAUGGUGAAGUGGAUACAUUAUAUCAGCUCACGAAACACAGCAUAUUACCAAUUCCAUGCAUAGUACCUCGUAGGUCUUAUCGCGAUUUCCAUGCGGAUCUAUUCCCGGAUACUCGAGGUUCAAAAGCCGGAUGUACAUCUGCCGAGUGGCUGGCUGGUUCUAAUGAGCUCGUGAGUUUCUCUACCCAAUUCUCAUCGACGAUCCUAAAAAGGUGUCGCUUGCUCCAAAUGGGACCAGCAGUCUCCAGUCUCCUGGUGCUGGAUAAAACACCAUCUACUCCUUCACCAGUAGCCCUAUCACCUACUAUUAAAGCAAGUGCUGCAGCACCAGCGGUGGAACCUGUUGCAUUUAUGCCACGCCCCCGUUCGCAGACGCACCCUUCAGGGACUGCUUGUUCUGUACCGCAGUCUAAUUCGGUGCAUGUGACUUCACAUGUAUCACCUUCCGAGGCCAAGAUGGAAGUGAAGGAGCUUGUUUAUACAGUUGAUGAUAACUCGGAGAAAGAAAAUGAUCUGAAAAAGUUUGUCGCUGUACCACUGAAAGGUCCUGCUGGUGUUGUGGGUAUCUACGACGUAGAGAAGCCCGGAAAACUUCCAGAUGGUGUCAUGGAUGGUAUAUUCAACAAAGCGCAGGUAACGGAUCUCCACUGGAAUCCUUUCGACGAUGAGGAACUGGCGGUGGGAACAGAUGUGGGCCUUAUAAAUUUCUGGCGUUUAACGAGAGACGAUGGACCCAGAAAUGAAAUGGCUCCUGAGAAAGUGAUGAAUGUUGGAGGCGAGAAGAUCCUAUGUUUCCAAUGGCAUCCGAUGGCUUCUGACUUACUCGCCGUUGCUCUGUCAGACAGUUCGAUAGAAAUAUGGGAGUCACAGACUUUUGACAAGGUAGAAGACGCUUGGAUGAUCUGUGUGCUUGAUCGUGCGCACUCAGGACGAGUCCUCUACGCCUGUGAUGAUCGGCUGAAUUAUUGUUGUGGGGAUGACGAGAAGUUCUUCGCGUCAGAUUGUCAUUCGUCUCUCUUUUGUGUUCAUACUUUGCGUCUGCGUUUGUUGGCAUGCGCAUCGUUUUCUGGAGCGUUUCGUUCGUUGGUACACUUAUUUGAUGCUGCUUCCUUGAACGAUAUUUAUACACAACAAAUUGAUAGUGGGACGCAGCCACUUGUUCCUCACUAUGAUUAUGACUCAUCUGUGCUGUUUCUUAGCUCAAAGGGUAGUCGCACGAUCAAUAUGUUUGAGGUCAGCUGUGACUCUCCCUAUCUUUUGCCCCUUACUCCUUAUACAGCACCUCUUAUUGGACAAGCAAUGGCAUUCCACAACAAGAAGAGGUGUGACGUAAUGGCUGUAGAAUUUCAACGUGCCUGGCGAUUAACGGAAAGGACUCUGGAGCAGGUUAUAUUCAGAGUACCGAGGGUUAAGAAAGACGUUUUCCAAUCGGAUCUCUUUCCCGAUGCUCUAGUUACUUGGCGACCUGUCAUGACGGCAGAAGAAUGGCUAGCCGGUAGUUCAAAGACGCCGCAGUUUGAAAGUCUGAUGCCAGAAGGGGUUUCUGCUCUAGGUAAGUUUGCAUAUAAAGACGUUUUCCAAUCGGAUCUCUUUCCCGAUGCUCUAGUUACUUGGCGACCUGUCAUGACGGCAGAAGAAUGGCUAGCCGGUAGUUCAAAGACGCCGCAGUUUGAAAGUCUGAUGCCAGAAGGGGUUUCUGCUCUAGCCAAACCUGCAGCGCAAACAGCGCCUACUGCGCAGAGGCAGUUAAUUCCCCGAUUGGAGCAUGCGGAUGAACCAAAGGCGGAGCCGGAUCGAAAGGAAGUGCAAAGCAGUUGGUCAUCGAAAAUAGUAGAAGAUCGAACUUUGGAGCAGGACAAUAUGGAAGGUGUUUCGGAGGAUGAAUGGACUGAAGCACUUUAG